UCUCCCGACCAAAAAAGCAAAUGAACCGGUGCCCUCCACGGUGGGUCUCUACACAACACUGGGGGAGGUAAGGAUGCCACCGGAUAUUGGCAAGCGUCUAGGGGUAGGCCCUAAGUACUGUUUCGAACCUGUGGUAAGCCCACCGGAGCUGAUUACACUAGCAAAGCAAAUCGCCCAUAGGACAGUGGAAACGGACAGACCACGGUGCAUCUCUGAGUGCGUUGACAGUCUUCACCCUCAGCAGAAGAAAAAACCUGUUGGGCAUUUUAAGCCCCUGGUGGAUUUUAUGGGUGACAAUGGACUGCGUGUCUUACUAUCAGACAAAGAAGGACAGUUUGUGGUUCUACCAGAAAACAUGUACAAUGAUCGAGCCUCAACAGCAAUCACAAAAAAUUUCAAACGGGUAGAAGUGGACACCAAGAAAACUCGGGAUGCAGCAAAGCGUCUUUGUGAACGUCUGUCUCUAACUCAGUUAGCAGCGAGAAUCGGGAAGGUUGACAAGUUUCAUCUUGAAGUCUUCUUCUCAGUAAAGACUCAUAAAGAAGGAAGCCCAUUUAGAGCGAUUGUCACCGAAAAGGGUUCCUGGCAAAGACAAGUCGCGUCCUAUCUCCAAAAACAUCUGUCAUCUUUAAAAAUACAGGACCCCUUCAAAGUAGUGAAUUCUGAGGAAAUCGUCGAAUUUCUCCGGUUAAAGAGCAAUGAGAUCGGUACGGCCUUCAGUAUAGAUGUGGAGAACCUGUUUUACUCAUUGCCACAUGCACAAUUAUUGGAGUCUGUGAAGACAUGUAUUGAAGCCAAUGGAGAGCUCUCCUUCAGGGGCUCAUGUGGAAUUUCAACGGAGAGCUUUUUAGAGCUUUUAUAUUUUUAUCUAACGUCCAUGAUUGUUGGGUGGCGAGAUGGGUGCUAUGUACAAAAGUCAGGAGUUUGUAUUGGCUCCUGUGUAGCCCCAGUCCUCAGUGACAUUUAUCUGGGAGCAGUAGACUGUGCCAUUGAAAGGGAGCUUGGAAGUCGAGGAGUUAACAAGGUAGCCCGCUAUGUGGAUGACUUCCUGGUUGUUCUUCAAGAUAACACCGAUGUGCACACACAGGUGACCAAUAUUAUGGCGACCUUCACUGAGUAUGGAGGGGGCCUCAGGUUCACGUAUGAGGUCCCUCAAGAAAACGUUCUCCAGUUUUUAGACCUUUCGCUUCACUUAGGUGAUACGCAUGUGUGCUGGACGUACUCUCCACGCUCCAAGAAACGAAUUUUGGAUUUCAGUUCGGCUCACUCUAAGAUCGUCAAGAGGGGCAUUGCUCUGACAUGUUUGGGAUCCGCGCUCAAGAAAUCAUGUUGCCACACAAUGGAAGCCAGCUUCUCGAUGCAGGUUGAAAGACUCAGAAAAGCCAGCUAUCCAUUACCACUACUGGCUAAUGUAGCGGACACCUUGUUGAAAAGGGCAAAAGGCCUCCAAGCCAACAAACAAGAUGUAGAAAAGACAAGACCGGUGGUAAUCCCGUACCUUCACAAGACGUCACACAAUUUAAAGAACGUGGCAGGUCGGUAUGGGGUCCGAGUGGUAUUUUCAGCCCCGCAAAAAAUGAGCAAAAUUUGCUCCAUAGUCAACUCGCAAGCCGAAGGUGCCACAAGACAGAGGUGCGCAAAAAAACAUGCUAAACCUUUUGUUCCGUGCUCUUCAGGCGUGGUAUACAAGAUUCCACUCUCGUGCGGCAAGGUCUACGUAGGGCAAACAGGCAGGAGUCUUAACGACCGACUUCGCGAGCAUGAUUAUUCUUUGAGAGCCACAGUGGGAGGCCAUCUUGCAACACAUUGGCUAACCUGCUGCAUCGGCGCUUGUCUUGCUACCCUAUCGAGCCUGUAG